GAGACCCUGAAGAAGACAGCCAGCGGGGAGGGCGAGGUCAACGAGAUGGGCAUCCAUCACGCGCUGACCAGCAUGUACAAUGAUGGCGGAGUGAAAGAUAUGAUGCGCGACAGGGGUAUCCAGGACGUGGACGGUGUGAUGUCAGAUCUGGGGGCCGACAUCUCCUCGGAUGGGCACCUGAUGAACCCGCAGAAGUGGGGCCUCUUGGGCCCUGACCAGACGCCCUUGGGCCCCGCCCCCUCUGGCAACGGCGGGGCUGCUGACAAGGACAAGUGCGCGGGCCGCAACAAGGGGACCCUGAAGGAAGAGUGGGAGUUCUGGGAGUCGGUGCGGCUGGGGAACUGGUCGGUCACCACAAACGGCAAGGUGGACCCUCGGCUGGCGGGCAGGUGGACCAGAGCCUAUCAG